GUUCCCAGGCCCGUAACAUUAGGGAGGAAAAUGUUACUUUCCGUCCAGCCGCGGGCCGCCAUCGCCACAUUUGGCUACAAUAAGACCAGCAAGAAGCAGCCUUAUGUGUCAGUGGCCCAGCAGAUGGCGCCCCCGAGUCCCAGCGGCAGCAACAACAACAGCAGCAGCAGCAGCAGCGGAGGCGGCGGGGGAGGCGGGGACCAGCUGAGCAAAACCAACCUGUACAUCCGGGGCCUGCACCCGGGCACCACCGACCAGGACCUCGUCAAGCUGUGCCAGCCAUACGGCAAAAUCGUUUCCACGAAAGCCAUCCUGGACAAGACGACCAACAAGUGCAAAGGCUACGGCUUUGUCGAUUUCGACAGCCCCACGGCGGCGCAGAAGGCCGUGACGGCGCUGAAGGCCAGCGGGGUGCAGGCCCAGAUGGCGAAGCAACAGGAGCAGGACCCCACGAACCUGUACAUCUCCAACCUGCCGCUCAGCGUGGACGAGCAGGAGCUGGAGGGGAUGCUGAAACCCUUCGGACAGGUGAUCUCCACCCGCGUCCUGCGCGACCCCAACGGCACCAGCCGCGGCGUCGGCUUCGCCAGAAUGGAGUCCACAGAAAAGUGCGAAGCCAUCAUCACCCACUUCAAUGGGAAAUACAUCAAGACUCCCCCAGGGAUCCCAGCCCCCUCAGAUCCGCUGCUUUGCAAGUUUGCCGACGGGGGGCAGAAGAAGCGCCAGCCGCAGGGGAAGUACGUGCAGAACGGGCGGGCCUGGCCGCGGGACGGCGACUCGAGUGGCAUGACCUUGACCUACGACCCCACCACGGCUCUGCAGAACGGGUUCUACCCGACCCCCUACAGCCUGGCCCCCAACAGGAUGAUGGCUCAGACCACGCUCGCCCCUUACCUCCCGUCACCCAUGUCCUCCUACCAGGUUCACAGCCCGUCCUGGAUGCACCAUCAGUCGUACCUCAUGCAGCCCACGGGGACGGUGCUGACGCCGACCAUGGACCACACCAUUUCCAUCCAGCCCGCCUCCAUGAUGGGCCCCCUGACCCAGCAACUGGGCCACCUCUCCCUCAGUAGCACUGGCACGUACAUGCCAGCGGCAGCAGCUAUGCAAGGAGCUUACAUCCCUCAGUACACGCCCGUGCCUUCCUCCAGCAUCUCAGUUGAGGAGAACAGCGGCCAGCAGAGCCAAGUGGCUGUUGAGUCUCCGUCAGAUCACGCUGCCUACUCCUAUCAGUACAGCAAGUAACUGCAGCUGGACCAGGCGUCUCUGCUCCGAGCGCUCGCCCCGAGGGAGAUCGCCACCUCCUCUUUGAUUUGUGCUGCAUCUAGAAGAUCGAAUCCAUUUUUUUUUCUUCGUUCGUUUCUUUCUUUUGCAAAGAAAACAGUUUUGUAAAAAAAAAAACAACAAAAAAAAAAACCGGCAAUAGACUUUGCUCACCAAGGAACCAAAGCAGUGGAAUGGGGGGGCUGGGUCACCAGAUCCACUCCGCGCGGACGGACAGAUGGACUGAGGCCUAUUUUAAUAGGAGGGGGAAAAAAAAGUGUUUGGUUUAUUUUUGGUCGUUGUUUUGAAGAACCCCCCUUUUUUUUUUUUUGGGUGGUUCUUUGAGGAAAGGCUUGAUCCAGGAGGGUGGAUCUGGCUGCCCCGGAGUGGCGAGGCUGCAGAUUCGAAUCUCUGGGACAAUCGUCGUUUUCUUUUGUCAAUUAAGGAUUACUUUUUCGUUCCUUUCUUUUUCUUUUCUUUUUUUUAAAGGAAAAAUAUGCAACGUUUGAACAAUUAUAUAUUGAGGGGGUUUUUGGUUGUACUGCUCCCCGACCAAUUCCGCCCGUUUCUUCGCCCCCCUCCGGACG